CUGACCAGCAAGAACUAAGAAGUGUCCUCUCUCUCUCUCUCUCUCUCACACACACACACACACACACUGCAUCCAAUAGAUACACACCAGUAUGAUCUCAUCUUAGACACACAUUCACCCCUUGAAAAACUCCAACUCUUAACCUCUUUCUCUCUCUCUCCCCGUCUCUCUCACUCUCACUCUCUCACACACACACACACACACACACACACUCUUCACUCUCCCAUCUCCCAAAACUGCUACCACUUCCCAACGACCCCCCCGGGCCUCCCCCAUUCAGCCUCACUCAAUAAACCCACAUUAGUCAAUGCUCCACCACCGAAACAGACACACAUGCAUUCAUGAGUAGAGUCUCAACACACCAAUUUUGUGCUAAGGUUGUAGUUCUACUGAAUAUAAUCAUAGUCAUACGAGAACGACAUAGUUUUUUACCAAAAUGGGCUGUCUGAUUUCUCAGCUCGCCGCCAAAUUUGCCUUCUUUCCGCCGGCGCCGGCGACGUACCAGGUCAAGAAAAGGGAUGACGGAAAACUGGUGGCGGUCUCAACCCAAUCUUCUAUGCCUAUAGCGGUUGAUGACGCUUCAUUUGACGUUCUUUCGAUUAAAACUAAGAGAGGAAACAAGAUUAUUGCAUUUUAUUUGAGGAAUCCAUAUGCGAGGCUCACAGUUUUGUAUUCACAUGGAAACGCCGCCGAUCUGGGACAGCUUUAUGAUCUCUUUGUUCAGCUCAAAGCUAAUCUUAGAGUCAACCUCAUUGGUUUAUUGUCUAGUCAGAUACAGUUGUUCUGGAACUUCGUCAAUGUGCAGAAUGUAAACAAAAUUCGGAAGGUGAAAUCUCCGGUGCUUGUAAUACAUGGGACGGAUGAUGAUGUGGUGAAUUGGUUACAUGGUAAUGGAUUAUGGAAGUUGGCUAGGGAACCGUUCGAACCCUUGUGGAUUAAGGGAGGUGGGCACUGCAAUUUGGAGCUUUACCCGGAUUACAUCCGCCAUCUUUGCAAGUUUGUCCAAGAAAUGGAGAAAAUGACUACUGAAACUCGACUCAGAAAAAUCCGGGAGACUCUCCGUCUGCAGAAAAGGUCAAAGUGUUCUUCCAGCAAGUGUUGUAGCAUUAAACUCAAACGACCCAAAUGCUUAGAAUGUUACAAUCCGAGUGGCAAGAAGUGCUGCCAGUGGCCAAAAUGUCCAAAAUAUCCAGAAUGUCGUCCGAAUUGCCUCUCAUGUUUCAAGCCUAGCUGCAUGAGAUGUUCAUGUCGGUGCAACUUGUGCUCGUGCUUGUGCUCAAUGAAAUGUUCAUGCUGGUGAUAUUUAGUGGCGGGUAUACUUAGAUAUUCGUAUUUAAGGAGUGUUAAGGCUAGUUUCUUUGUACAGAUUGCUAAAACUUGUUAAUAGGCCUUGGAACUGUGCAGUAGUCUGAGACUCUUGGAGUAUUUCUAGGAAUUUAAAACCAAUUCUGUGCUUGUUGGAUGGUGGUAAAUUGUUGGGCACUUUUAACGUGAGAGAUAGGCGACAAGAUCCUUACAUGGUAAUGGUGUCUACCUGGGAGUGUAAUGGGCUUCCCUUCAUUUUAAAAGAUUGCCUAUUCCAUUUA